AUGACUAAGACCCCUCCCGCCCUGGACGAACUCCGCCUGCUCCUCGCCUCAGGAGCCAAGGUGACCUCGCCGGUCGCCCUCGGCCUCCGACCCCUCCACUACGCCUGCUGGCAGGGAUAUCCCGAGGCGGCGCAUCUGCUUCUGGUCCGCGGGGCACCCGUGGACGCCCUGGACGACGCGGGGUACUCGGCCCUCCACCUCAGCGCCGAGCACGGGCGUGAAUUUCACGCCGCCGGGGGAGGAGUGUAA